AAUGUUUAGCAGAUCAAGUUUCAGAGAAAAACAACCUUGAGAACAUCAAGCAGCCACAGAGGGAGGACAGAUUCUCACUCCCUGUUUUUGUUAAGGAAUGUGCACAGAGUUGCGCAUUUGGGAGGAGGCGAUUGUCUCCUAGAACAGGGUGUUGCCUUCGUCAUUGUCACACUUUGUGCGUGCAAAUACAGGUACUGAGGUAAAUGUGCUAUUGCAUGCAAUCCUUGUUAAGUUAAAUAACAAGGAACCUAGAGUAAUUGAUUUCAUACAGGGUAUUCAUUGGUGAAAAUUUCCUAAUAGGGUACAAAUGAAAGUCAAUAAAGUCCAAUGGUUAUGGACAUUGGAUGGAUUAUGGCUGACCAGGAAGUGUGUGUUCAAGCAGCUGUGGGAAUUCAACAGAUGCCAGGCUCAUUGAAGCAAGAGAGUUUCCUGGUGGUGAAUAAAGAUUCUAACCGUCUGAUAUUCAUUAAUAAGGCAGACAAAGGAAUGCAGGAAGGUUGCUUCACCAUUGAUGGAGUCUUCAGUCUGGACACUGGGCAGGACAAGCUAUUCCUGGACCAGUUACAACCUCUGUUGGCUAUGGUGCCUUUUGGCUACAGCGUGUCCUUGCUGGUGUGUGAAACCCAUCACUAUGAACCCCGGGUGCAAAUCCAAGCCUUUGUCCAGAAGGUAAUAGAAUCUGCCUUGCAAGAGUCCAGCCCUCCCAAAAAUAGUGCUCGGUAUCUCCAAACCAUCAGCUUUGUUCUGAUCUACACAGAUGGAAAGGCCCAAGACCUCCUCAGUCCCGGAAGCCAAGUCCUGCAGGUGAUGGACCUCCCCCCGCUGGGGCUGGUGAUAGAAGACGCGACUGAAAUAGUUGUGGCUGAUGCACAAGCUGCCACUCAGUUCUACUUGCAGGGGGUGUCACUUUACCAAAGUUAUUUGCAGCAGUCUUUCCAGAAGCAGCACAAAGCCAUAUGUGGCAACCUCUUGAGCAUCACCAUGGAGACAAAAGCAGAGAGUCAGGGGCUUCAACGUGCUACUGUCAAGAUCUUUGCGUUUUCUGGAGAAGAUGAGCAGCCCUGUGCUAAUCUCUUUUCUCCUCUUUACCAGGCUUCGUCUACUGUGCCCCUUCCUGCUGACGCAGGGUUCCUCUCCUGGAUCCUGAAGCAUUUGUUGGAAGAAAGUGCCCUCACAUUCUUGCUUUUGUGCCUGACCCUUCCAGAUGCCUCUGGAGAAGAGAUACUGUCUGCCCUCUCACUGACUGAACAAGUGAGGGCUGUAGCAAAGAGAGUUGCACCAACCUAUUGGGAUCCCAUUCAAGAGGCUCAGAAGCGAAGAGCGGUGAUAGGAGAGCUGAGAGCCCAGCUCUCCUUCAGCAGUUGGACAGAGCAGGAGAGCAUGAUCAGCCAGCUGGGGAGAAUGAUAAAAGAGCUACAGGUUCUGAAAAGCCAAAGCUGGGGGAAAAAGAAAGAGACCUCUGCAUAUGAAAUGAAGGACACUUGUCUUGAAGCCAGGGGCCAGAUCCUGUCGGAGAUGGAUGAUGGAGAUGAACUUGUAAACCAGCAAAGCCAAGAUAAUACACAUCAGGACAAAGAAACAUCAGGAGGUGGCAGCACCCCAAAGAUCCACCUGGAGCAGGUUGGUGUAGAGGAAGGAGUCACAGAAGAGAACCCUUUCACAGUUGCAACAUACAGAGCCAGGGACUUGGAUGGGGCAACCCAAACACCCAGCCCAAGCCUGGUUGGUGAGCAGCACCAAGAUACGAAGGUGAGGUUCUCUCAAGCCAAAGCCAGGAGUCAGUUUCCCCAGGAGCAACACCAUCUCCUGAUACAGCAGGAGCUUUUGAGAAUGGAAGAGGAGUUGGCAGGUCAAGAGCUUCCUCCAGGCCAGCAUGAAGCUCUCCUCUGGCAGAAAGAAAAGUCUUUGUUGAUUCUGCGCAUGGAGGCAUUGCAAAGAGAACAGGCAGAAGCAGAAAGGGAUCUGGAGGAGCUGUACCAGGAACACCUACAUGAAACAGAAACUCAGAAACAGCACAUCCUGCAGGUGUUUCAGGCUUAUAGGAGACAUGCUGAAGAACAGAUAGAUGCCCUUGAACUGAAGUAUCGAAAGCUGCUGCAGGAGUCUCUCCAAGAUGCUAUCCUUCUUUCCACACAGAACCAGCAACUCCGAGCUCAGAAGCAACUGGGCUGCAUGGAGAAAGCAACCCAGACUGACUUGCAGUACGUUACAUAGAGCCGUGACAGCCAGUCCCCAUCCUAAGAGCUUGUGUUUGUGUUUUGUAAUUUCAUUUUUAUCUGGUUUGGAAACAUUAGCUUUCACAGCCAAGGUCUUGCUAACACGUCACCUGAGAUUUUCUUUCAGGGCUGUUACAUAACCAUCAGAACCUAGGCAAACAAGAACUUUCAGAAUAUUUUGUCCACAUUUGCCUAUUUGUGCCCAUUAUCUUGGGUCAUUCCCAGGUGUCUGCGUUGAAAUGUAAAGAAAUAAAUUAACAGUUAACUUGAAGAGCCAUCUCUCUGAGACUAGAUAUGAGAGGGCAGAAUUGCAUUCCAAGACAAGAACAAAAGUUCCACAGUAUUAACUACAUCUGGCUCGUACAAUACUAAAGGAAUCUUAACUAAGAAAUGAAACCUAUUUCAUCAGAACAAAGACUUAAAACUGAGUAACAUUUAGAUUUGAUCAAACUUAGGUUGGGGGUAUGAAUACGUCACUGGCAUACUCUUCUGUGUGUGGCUGACAAACUGAAACUUAAUCCAGAUAACAAGACAGAAGACGACUGGAUUGACCCAUCCCUAUUUGCUAGAUGAGCAAAAGUCCUAGCGUGAAAUUGCUUCUGGUCCCAGCUCUGCUCCUAGAGGCCCAGAUGGUCAGGAGUGCUUUUCAGUAGCUUAGGCCCUUCCCUUGUGAAAUGUAACUUAGCCAGAAUUAUUCAUGCCUUGGCAAUAUCCAGGUUAGAUUAUUACACUAUGUGGAGCUGCUUCUGUUCAUACAAAAGGGACAAAAGUUCUAGCUUGGAUCUGUCACAGGAGCAUAAAAAUACCAAUACUGUGUCACCUUCAUUGGUUCUCCAUUUGUUUCUGGGCCAAAUAAAAGCAGUCAUGCUGUGGCAAAUUCAGAACUGCAGGGUCCCUUCAUGAUAGUCACAGCCACACGCCAUCCCCUUUUUUUCUUUUGCUGCUGGGUUGAGAAUGAGAUCCUUGUUAAUGCCUUCCCCCACUACAACAGAUGUCCCUAGGAGCCAAUCAGCAUGAAAGGGGAGAGAGUGAGCUACUGAAAAGAGUCUUCUCAGUGGCUGACUUACCUCCUUUCUCUCUGAUUGGCUCCAAUCACUAGGAAAGGACAAGGAAGCAAGUUAAAAAAAUCUUCUCAGUUGCUAGCAUAUUCCGCUUUCAUGCCGAUUGCCUUGUAGGACACUGGAGAUAUAGGGACCCUGCUGGGACCGUGCUCCCAAAAAAGUAAAGGGUCCAAGACCCCGAACAACUACACCCAAUUAAAAAGGCUGGUGUUUACCACUGAGAUGGUUUGGAAGACAGUUUUGGUUUCCCUUUGAAAGCACUAAAGCAUUCGCUCCUGAAGAAGGGUUUUUAAUACUACAAAUGCACAGAGCAACAAUUUGUCCCCUGUGCACAUUUGAGGCUUUCUCCACUUUCACUUGUCCAUUGACUUUUAAAGCCCUGCAUGGUCUGAGUCCCCAAUACUACCUCCUCUCAUAUGAACUUGCCACCCACUUAAGAGCCUCAGCUGAAUCUAAGUCUUGCUAGGCUUCACGGAUGGUUGUGUGGGACUGGGCUUUUUUGACAUUGGACUGAGAAUCUGGAACUUUCCCCCAGGAAACAAAUCUGGCCCUCUCCUUCAUAGUCUUCAGCUGCUGAGGAAAAACAUUUUUAGUUUAGGGUAGGGUAGGAGGUUUGUUAGCUUAUGUUCUCUUUGCGCUCGUUUCAUUUCUGUUUCAGAUAUUCUUUUUAAAAGUUUGUGUACAAAUUGAUUAGGGUGAUAGUUUACAUAUUUUCAUACUGUAUAUACACAUUUAUUUAUUUAUUUAUUUAUUUAUUUAUUAUAUUUCUAUACCGCCCAAUAGCCGUAGCUCUCUGGGCGGUGCACAACAUAAAAACAUCCAAUAUACAAGUAAAAACAUAUAUCAACAACUUAAAAACAAUAUACCCAAAGUAGUAGAACAUAAUUAAACAUAUAAACAACUACAACACAAGCCUAAAAAUAUUAAAAACGUAUUAAAUCAGUUAAAAGUAUUAAGAUGUUAAGAUGUUAAGUAAUUAAGAUUACUAAAAUAUUAAGAGCGUCAGUGCAAAUGUAGGUGUUACAAUAGAUGUUAAAAAUGUUGUUAAAAUGUUGUUAAAAAGCCUGGGAGAACAAAAAGGGUUUUACCUGGCGCCGGAAGGACAGCAAUGUUGGCGCCAGGCGUACCUCAUCAGGGAGAGAGUUCCAUAGUUCGGGGGCCACCACAGAGAAAGCCCGUUUUCUUGUUGUCACCUUCCGGGCUUCUCUCUGGGUGGGCCCCCGAAGGAGGCCCUUCGAUGUUGAACGCAGAGUACGGGUAGGUUCAUAUCGGGAGAGGUGUUAUACACACACUGUGUAUACACACAGAUUGUCUUUUUAUACCAUAAUUAUAUACACAAAAGAGCUACACAAACUAAAGCAGCAUAUAACCAGUUCCUACACAUGAAAUUCCUAGUUCUCUUAACAAAACAUACUAUUGAGUUCCAAUUUAAGAGCUUCAUUAAAUGUGUAUUCAUUCUUUAACAUUGCUGUCAACUUAAUAAUAAUCCACAACUGUUCCCAUGGUUUCUUAAGGAAAUCUAAUUCAUUGGGUUUUCAGUCCUCUUUCCAACCUCUGAUAAAAAGUAGUCUUAUCAGUGUAAGUAUAUACAAUGCAUGUGGCUGUUAAUUUUGGGGCACAUCAGCAGGCAUGUUAGCCACCUAGUAAUUUGAUAAAUGUCGUUAAUGAUGAAAUUUAUGGUGUUGACCAUGAUACACUAGCAAUUCCUUGCUUUCUGGCAUUUCACUGAAGGUGGCAGAAGUUCCCUUUAUUUAUUUCUUAUUGAACCAAUACCUACCCUCUCCUUCUUGGUUUAUCUUUUUUUCUUUUCUACCAUUAUGUGGCCAUCUCACAACAGCUCUUUGUAACUAGAUGGCACAGAGAGAGCAAAACCUCAGUGAAAAAGAACCAUUCAAACCUCACCUGGCACUGCACUCUGUAUUUACAUGUCUCUAUGUAAGCAUUUACAAUUUUUUUAAGUAAUUCAUAAAUUUUAAAGAAUACUUUUACCUCCUCCCCUCCUCAAAUUUCAUUUUUUCUCAUUCCAGCCUGUAUCACUACUCCAACCUAUUCAAAUAGUAGAAGUAGGGGUAUGUGUACAGUGAGCUGUAUUUUCUUACCACCUGCUCAUAUUUCCACCUAAGUACAGCCCUUUAUCCUCCCAACUGUGUAAGUUCACAAAGUGUUUGUCCAACGUAAAUCUCUCAUCCUCAAGCACUGGUAACAUAGGUGACAUUUUGGGGGUAAAUGUUUAUAUCUGUCCCAUAUUGGUAAACACACUCAUAAAAGAACUCCACUCAUUGCAAUACUGUCUCCUUGAAAUCUUGGGGCAUUCAUAAUAAAUGCUGUAAGCCAACCUUAAAUAAGGUAUUGCCUACUGGCCUAAAGUAUUUACUUCAGUUAUUCUUUUUAUUAAUUGCUUUUAUUAUAUUUACUUUUGCAUGUAUUAGACAUUUGUUGGUCACUGUGAUAUUUACCUUCAAACAGCAAGUGGGAUGUAACUGUUUUAAAAUAAAUAUGAAGCUUCUUUACUCAAGACCAUCUAGUCCCAUAUUGUCUACUCUGACUAGUAGCAGCCUUCAGACAAAGAAACUACACUGAGUCUUUUAACUGGAGAUGUAACUAACAUCAUGAGAAUAUGUGCUAAGUAUGUGCCUCCUCACUGAACUGUUUAUUUCUGCUAUGUUAAAUGCAGUGAAACAUAAAAACUGAGUGAGACCCAAACCCUUACUUCAGUAGACAUGUUCUGAGGAAGGUAGUGGCGAAGAAAAAACAGUCCUUCACUAGAUUAAGAAAGACUCAUACACCAUAAUGGAAAACAGCCAAACAGUUUUUGAAAGAAUCUUCUCUGGAGGAAUGAUCCCAAGUCACAUUAAUAACAGAGGCAUGGCUGCCCUGCAGAAGAGUUCUUUUGAAUGUUGGCUGCUUAGUGAAACUUUGUUCUCACAAGCAGAAGGGCUGUACACCAACCUAGUAACAUUAUUAAAACAUUUCUUUAGUUGAUCUCUGAAGGAGACAGUAAUUUCUUUUGGAUCCUGUCCACAGAACCAGCCCUGGAUGAGUUGUGUGAUUAAGCUUUCCUCUACUCUCUUGGGGGGUUUAAAUGUUUAAGCUUUUAAUUUCUAAUUUUUAGGAUUUUGAUUAUGUUUAUAUGAAAUGUACUUG